AUGAGUAUGAGGCCAGAUGAUCAUCGACGAAAAUGGGACAAGGAGGAAUUUGAGAGAAUCGCAUUUGAAAGAUUACAGGCUGAAUUAGACGAGGAAGAAAAUGCUAAAAAGAAACCUGCACCAGUCAAAAGAGAACUUCUUAAACAACGAGAAUACAAAGUUGAUUUGGAUUCUAAAUUGGGAAAGAGUGUGGUUAUCACUAAAAACACCCCCACCUCACAAUCUGGAGGAUACUAUUGUAAUGUCUGUGAUUGUGUGGUUAAGGAUUCAAUUAAUUUCUUGGACCAUAUCAAUGGCAAAAAACAUCAAAGAAAUCUUGGCAUGUCCAUGAAAAUAGAGAGAAGUAGCUUAGAACAGGUAAAGGCGAGAUUUGCACUAAACAAGCGUAAAUUGGAAGAGAAGAAGAGUGAAUAUGAACUUGACACGAGGUUGAAAGAAGCUGCCGAAGAGGAAGCCAGGCUGAAGGAAUUGCGUCGUGAGCGAAGAAGGGACAAGAAACGCAAGUUACAAGAAACUGAAGAAAUAGAAGAUGGUCCCGCUCAAUCUGAAUUAGCCCAAAUUAUGGGAUUUUCUGGCUUCGGGGCAUCCAAAAAGUAG